CGUGGACGAUGUUUAAACAACAUGAUAACAGAAGUUUCCAGUAUUUUCAGAGACAAAGAAGAUAAACAGAAACAUCAUGUUACCAUCAACACAAUGUUUACCUACGUCCGUCAUGUUUCACUGUCACAAUGUCGACUCUGAAACUGGUGUACCAAUAUUUUCUCUGAAUUUCCAGGUCGUUGCUCAGACUUGAGGAGACCAAAUACUUUCUUGUGAUUAGUCCGACGCCACAUGAACUCUGAAAGUCUUUUAGUUGCAGUCCAGGACGGUCCAUGACUCCUCCGUCGUCUCUGGCCGUCAGUAGUCCUGUCAAACCUUUGAGGUGUGUUUGAAAAUCAUCAUCAAUCUCUGACAGUUUCAAACUCACAUCUGGACUCUGAGUGGUGGAGAGACGAGUAUCACUUUGAGACGCAGCUGUCAGUGAAGGCAUCAUGUUCAUGUCAUCCACAUCCUGUGUCAGGUGUAGCUUUACAUUUGAAAUCAGUGUGUUGCUGCAGUUUGUUGUGAGUUUGUUGCUUUUCAAACGACUCUAUCUGUGGUCAAGCUGCAGUCAGUGGGGAGGAAACCACAGCAGGGUGAGAGUCAGUCAGAGAGGAAGGAGGAGGGUCUGACUGAUGUGACCAUGAAGUGAUGAAGUGUAGAUGUCAUAUGAGUCGGUGUUAGGAUGGAGGAAACAUGUCUGCUGCGUCUGCUCUUUGUGACGUCACUGCUGAGCGGCUGCACACACCAAGCCUCUCUGAACAUCAGUCCUAACAGAACUCAGAUGUUUGAAGGACAGUUUGUCUCUCUGAGGUGUGAGGAGGACGACAGCUCUGAUGGAUGGACGGUGACGAGGAACACGACUGGAGGAACCAGGAGACAGUGUGGAGCUGACUGGGGAAGAAAAGAUGGUUCUUCCUGCACCAUCAGCUCCAUAAGGAAAUGGUACAGUGGAGUUUACUGGUGUGAGUCCACAGGCGGAGCAGCCAGUAGCAGCAUCACCAUCACUGUCACUGGUGGAGCAGUGAUCCUGCAGAGUCCUGUCCACCCUGUGAUGGAGGGAGAUGAUGUCACUCUCACCUGUACAACAAAGACCUCCAUCCUCUCAGCUGGUUUCUAUAAAGAUGGCUCCUUCAUCAGGACUGAGCCUACAGGUCACAUGACCAUCCACCAUGUUUCCAGGUCUGAUGAAGGAUUCUACAAGUGUAACACCAUCAGUGAUGGAGAGUCUCCACCCAGCUGGAUCACUGUCACAGGUAAACCUACAACAGCCCCGCCCCCAUCUUCAGCCCCGCCCCCUGCAUCCACCCCCCUCUUUCUCGUGCUCCUCCACCUGGUGGUGUUCUGUCCGUACUGCAUCUCCACUGUCAUCAUGGUGUCUUUAUACCGACGCAGGUCCACAGGAAAUGACCUGCCCGUCUCCAUGGAGAUGGCUCCUCCCACCCAGGCUGAGCAGGGAUUGGCUGAUGAGUUCGAUGAUGUCAUGGCUGCUGUCACCACAGAGCAUCACCUCUGAGUUGAUCCAACGUGUUCUCCUUCUUCUUCAGUCACGUUUCCUUCGUAGGAGCCAGAACUCUUCCUGUGGAGCUGCUCACCUUCUCGGUUCUGUUCUUGUGGAUCCUGCUGCUUCUUCUCGUGAGACCCGCCCUCCUCCACCUCUGAUUGGCUCGUCUCUGUGGCGUUCCCACCAGAACUCUUCCUGUGGAGCCGCUCACCUUCUAGUCGGACGGGUCGACUGCUGAUUGGACUCUUGUGUUGUUCACUGAGUCGGUUCUGUCUCUGUGAUGAAGUUGCUGUUCUGUCUCUCAGUGAACUCAGCUUGAUGUGUUGAUGUUCUGAUGGUGUCCAGCUGAUCCACUUUCUGUAAAGUGUUUCUUUAGAGACCUUCGGUCCUGAUCGGACUCUGACAACGAUCCUCUUUGACUUCUGACGCUUUGAUUUACUUUCUGGAUCCUCAAACUUUGUGACUGUUUCCAGGUUUAUGUGACAGUAUUCCAGGUUUUCAAUGUGGUCUGAGACUUUUGGACCUGCUGUAUCUGAAAUGUUGAGCUGCACAUUAAACAGACUUUAUCCUUCA